AUGGAUUUUCUUCUCGCAGAAAUCAACAGAAAAAGUAAACAGAUCGAACAAAAUGAAGUCACAUCGGUGAGUUUAUUAAGUUUGUGACAAACAGUUAUUUUGAUAGUGAAAGGUGUUGUCGUUUAAAGUGAGCAUCAAUCGAUUUAUGAUUACACUGAUGAUUAUGACUCGAGGUGCUUGAACAUUUGCAUUUAAGCUUACAACGUAAGCUUAAUUAAGCUUAUGUUUUGAGUUUGUAAGCUGAACAGAAAUAAUUUGACACUCUUAACUGUUUAAAAUAAUUCGAGUGUCAAACUGAAAGUAUAUUAAGACGAAUGCUACGGGAGUAAUGGAUGAAAUUGCUUUGUUGAAAUUCGUGUGUUGAAAUUCAUCUCGAUCGACCAUGCACACUUAGGCAGGGAACACAGGACGAAACAAUGGAGAUCUAUACAAUGUAGCAUGACGUUGAGUUUUUUAAGAUACAUUCAUCAGUAGUGCUACCCUGUUUAAACUGGAACACCCAGUCAGAGACUAGUGGGACUGAACAAAGAGAAAUGAGUUUCAAACGCAACUAUAUAAUGCAGACAAAACUAUUAAACUUCACAGUUCAGACUCUUUUAGUGGGAGUCUUUAGUUGUUUUCCGUUUUUGCAUAGCCUGACAUAAACACGAGAGGGCUCGGAGAAUUCGAGACAGUUAUGCAAACCCGAGACGAAGUUAAGGGUUUGUAUAACCGUUGAGAAUUCUCCCAACCCCUCGAGUGUUUAUAUCAGGCUAUGCAAAUACAGGAAAAAGUUUUCUAUUGCUUUUAUAAAUUAACUUUCCCUGAGAAAAAAAGCAAAACUCUUUGUUAUCGCACUUAUUAGGAAAGAAAUUCUUACCAGUCGCAAAGUCUUGUGCACGAAGCCUUGCAUGUGUAAUCAGUUCUUGUUUUGCAAAAAAAGAUGCUUUCCAAAAUACAGACUUUUUUCACUUGAAACAACUUUUAAAAGUGAAAAUAAUUGACAUAGCAUAUUUGGAAAGAUUUUCCAAGUUUCAGCUGACGAGGCAAUGGGUAAAUAAAGUAAACUUGUAGAGUUGUCAACUCAAACACUAUUUCAAAUUGGUGCUUGUGUGAUUAGUGCACGAAAAAUAAAAAUAAAAUUUAAACCAAUUUUCAAAUUUACGACAAACUACAACACACUUAAGUAAAAUCCAUUUUCAAGUUAAACCAGGAUUUCGUUUGUCUCCUAUUAAUAAUAAUACUACAGCUCAGAAACAAAAAAAUUCUGAAUCAAACGAAGUUAAAAAUAUUGUAUUAAUCUGAGAACAGCUGUUACCUACAUGCUACUCCUUGGAUUAACUUACUUGUAACAAGUACAGUCUGAACAGCAUUUUUCUGUAUUUAUUUUUAGAAUAAGAAGUACUUUAGAAGAGGUGACCUAGCAGCGAAACAAGCAGAGGAAUACAAGAAGAAACAAGAGGUUCAGUGUUAGCAUGGCUGCUGUAUUCAUUUGAUUAGGUUCCCUGGGGGUAUUAAACUUUUGGUCCUUAAGAGAGAGUGCUUGUUCGAGGCUGGGCGCUUGUUAAAUUUUUAUUAUUUUGAGCAAGUAUUAAGUUAAUUUUAUAAUAAAGCAGUAAAUAAUAACAAAAUGUGAAGAUGUGCCAGAGCAGAAUUUUAACUGUUCAUGGAAAGUUUGUUUUAAAAAUGGCUUUAAAGAAAACUUUCUCUUCAGAGAAUUCUGCAAAUAGGUCAGUCGAAAAGAACCAAUAAAAACUUAAGUGGACAAUAAAAGUAUUGGUCAUUAUUUCUUUACCGCCCAAUCUGAGAUAGGGCAGUAAAGAAAUAAUGACCGAUACUUUUAUUGUCCACUCAAGUUUUUUUGGGGGUAGGGUGGUCAGUAAAACAUCAGAAAGCCCCUUUAGGGCAAAGUGUCUCAACUAAUUUUGUCACCAAUUGUAGGUUAAAAAAUUUUCACCUGAAUUCAAUUUUGACCUGUAAUAUUUACAAUCUUGUUCCCUAUGAAAGUAGCAGGGAAAAAUCCGUAGAACCUGGCAUUUCUUGAAAGGCCUUCUAAUAUUUUAAAACUUGAUCAAAGUUUUCAAAAUUGUUUAUGAUUGCAAAAUUUGGUUUUCCAGUGGAUUAUCACAGAAAUUUAGAUAGAGAGCUAUGAGAUGUCAUUUAAUGUAGACAAAAUAAUAAAGUAUAUUUUUAAACUAUCACAUCACGGACAUAGCUAGAACAAUUAUUACUUCUUGAGAAUUAAGAAGAUUUAUCAACAUGAGCAGUUAAUACUGCUGGAAGAUGACACCUACUAUCUGAUACUUUGAUGGUUACAAAAAUUUAUGUUGUUUGUUUUUGUUGAUUUUAACUUAGGAAAAACUGAAGGAAAAAGAGGUAAGCCAAGAAAUCAUUUUCAGUCUUUUUUUAGACCUGUUUUUAUUUACUCUAUUGUUAGAGAAAAUAAUGUUUGCCUUAUGAAAUUACAGGAAAAAUACGGGAAGAGAACUGCAGAAGAUGACAUAUUUUCUGGAUUUAAAAAGAAAAAGGGUGAAGGUGAAGGAAAAGCAGCCAUGAUCCCAAGAGAAGAGGUGCAGAACAUGUAGAAUAUCAUUGGACAUUUCAGUGUUAAAUUAAGUUUGCAUCAGCAUUGUUAUGGAAAUAAUUUCUUUAUUACCAGAAAUGUUUUUAAAAAAUAAUAAUUUUUUUUGUUUUAAUGAAGUUAUAACAUUUUGUUAAUUCCCUGUCGUGUGUAAACAUACACAUGAAAUUCCUGACAUUGCUUUUAUACAAAGAACAUCUUCUAAAAAUUUGUAAUAACCAGUGUUUGGUUUAACGCAUGAGAAACAGAAAAUUAUUUCUUCAUCCUUUACUGACACACUUUCAUUAUUUUUAAGGUGAUUCGUCGUUUGAGAGAAAGAGGAGAACCAAUAAGAUUGUUUGGUGAAAGUGAUGAAGAAGCUUGUCAGAGACUGAGGUUACCAUUUAUUGAAUUUGUGAAAUACAUCUUUGUAAACUAUGACUCUUUAAGAUAGACAAUUUUCUUUUUUUCGUUGACAAACUAAAUCAAUCUCUCUGCAGGAGAAUCGAGAUGCUUGCUCCAGAGAUUAACAAGGUAUGCUCUUAGAAUCAUGGAAGGAGUAAAAUUAAUACACCUGUAUAUUGUAGACACUGUAAUAGUAGGAUGUUGUUGGGAAUGUCUUACACCUUUAAUUUGUGAGUCAAUAGAAAUCCUUUGUCCUUUUUUUAAUUAAACUAGCUAUAAACAUUUUACUACAUGAAAAAUUAGUCAUGCUUAGCAGUUUCUUAUAUGUUUACCAGGGUCUAAGGAAUGACUUCAAGGCUGCUAUGGAAAAGAUUGAUCAAGAAUAUUUAGCAGAGCUGAUCAAGCAACAGGUCUGUCAUACUCUUUGUAUGAAAUAUUUUCUUAUGAAAGAUGUGAAUUUACUUAAGAGACUCUAAGUUAACCCAUUUGCUCCAGGAAAUGUUGCCAAAAGAUGCCUUUUGGAGAUAGUAAUACCUCUCCUCUUAAAAUGAACCAAAAUGGCCCAAAAUGUUGUUUAAGUUUAUCACUUCACAGCAUUCUGUUUCUGAUGCUACAUGUUGGCUUCUGAAGUUCAGGCAUGCACAGAAAGCAAAAUAUUUGUCAGAUAGUUUUUGGGUUUGAAAGGGACACUUACACCUUGCACAUUCUCAUUCUCCUCUUUUUUUCCUUUUCUUUUCUUACCUCAUAUUUUUUUGCUGGACAUUAAACCAGGCUUCAUAUUUGGUAGGAAAGGGGUUUUGGAAAACUUUUGUGAUUAUAGGAUUAGACGGAAUAUAGUGCAGGUGGAUAGUGGGUGGGUAGUGGUUACUGUUUUUUUGCAUUUUUAUCUGGCCCGUUGAACUGAAUCAUGCUCAUUUGGGUAUGGUUAGAAAGAUCUCUCCCCCCUGCUCAAGUUAGAUUUCAAAGUUGUUGGUGACUGUUAAAACUUAUGAAAUCACAAGCGGUAGAAGGGACGUACAUCCCUACCAGUGGUUAUGGGUGGUUCAGGUGUGGAUGGGUUAAGAUCUCAGGCAACAGAACCGUUUCCUUUGCUGUCACUAAGAGGGAAAUGUUCAGUGGCUGUGGAAAAAAUGCUUUAUUCUCAUGAUUGUAAAGGCUAUAUGUUGGCUGUAAAGCAGGUGUGUCGUGGCUGUUUACGGUUAAUUUUGUUAGUGUUGCCAAUUGCGUGUCCCCCAACACACUAUGGAACUUAAAUGAUAGAGAAGAAAUUAUCUUGAAAAUGACAAAAUAACAGCUUCUCCUGUCAAAUGAUUAUGUCUCCCAAGCAAUAUCAAACUUUACAAACAACAAAAGAGAACUUAGAAAAACUGUUAGGCUAACAAGUUUUUAAAAUCCUCAACACAGUAUAUUGCAAUCUAUUUUAGUCUUCAAAAAAUUGUCUAUCUGUGCCCUCUUUUUAAUUUUAUUUUGCUGUGUUAUUUAUUAUACCUUCUUUCAAAGCUUUUAGCAAUUACAGUAUUUUUAUAUUUCACUUGGUUUGGUGUUAACUGUGACUGUCUGAAUUUUGAUAAUUUUCCUGACUCAGUUCUUUUACAAUGUAAGCUGUGCACAUUUGACACUUCUGAUAAUACAAAAUUAAGAUCAUGUUUUUCCUUCAUGCAGGGUGGGGAGGAGCAAACUAAUGAAAGUGAAGAGUCAUCACAAGCAGAGGAUGACGGAACAACUCUUGAAGAUAUCAAGGUAAAAAAAAAUGCAAUUUCUUCCCCCUGCAGUUCUCCUCCUAAAGUUUCUGCUUUGUGUGAGCAAUUUAUUUCACAAAUCAUGUUUCAAAACUACUUAUUAAUAAAUAAUUUAUUGUUCCUCUCACUAUUCUGUAUAAAUUAAUGGAUUUCAUAGCAAAAAAAAAAUAGAUAGCACUAAGCUAUAUAAAAAUUCAAGAUACAACUAUAUAAUCUAAUCUAAACUUAUCAAACAAGUUAAAUAAUAAAAUGAUCAUCAGACUCUUGAUCAUUUAUUUAUUUAUUUUGUAUUAUAGAGAGCCACAGGUUUAUUAGCUCUGGCUAUUUGGUGUCAACCAUCUUUGAAUUUAAAUAAAGUCUUUAUCUUAUCUUCUUGUACAUGCAUGAAUGUACACUCAAGUACAUGUAUCAAUAUUGGAAAGAAUGACUUGUAAGUAAAUUUUAUGUGUGGUCAGUUUGAAAGACAAGCAGACGCAGUUGUAACUCAAUAUUAAGGCUCCUACAACUCAUGUACAUAACUUGUAUAAAAAUAGUAACAAACAGUUUUGACUUUACAGAGUUUGGCCAUUAACAUGGGCAAAGGUGAUGAAAACCUGGAUCAAGAUGUUAUAUUAAAGUUUAUACAGGUUUGUUAAUUUGUCAAACACCAAAAAAAUGGAAAUGGGUUUGCCAUUUGUACUGAGUAACAAACUAAAUCUUUUCACAGUUCCUCCUUCAUCUUUGGGCAAAAGAUUAUAAAACACGAUCUGAAGACAGCAAGAGAAGCUUGGAGGUAAGUAGAUAAGAACAGUCAAACCUUGUUGAUACAGACACGUGUACUGAGGGGGUCAUAAAAAUUGUGUGUAUUAAUGGAGUGUCCACAUUAAGCGGAUCGAAUUUAGAGAAAAUGGUAGGGUUUUUUCCCCAGGGACAAAGCAAACUGUCCAUAAUAAUAAUGAGGUGUCCGUAUUAAGCAAGUGUCCGUAAAGGCAAGUUUGACUGCAAUAAGUUUAAAAUUUUACACAAGUCCUAAAAUCUCUGCAUUUGUCUUUUGUGCUGAUAAUAGUAAUUUAUAGUGAAAACAUUUGAUUGCCCCACUGGUUUUAGCUACUCUGUGAGAGUACCUCUUAUAUAAUAUAAUCUUCAUUUUAAUUUCUUACAGGCAAAACUGGCAGGUGCCACUCAACGUCAGACUGAAUCGUAUCUGAAGCCAUUGUUAAGAAAACUGAAACAUAAGGUCAUAUUUUCAUGAGAUAUUCUUGAUGUAUGAGGCCUUAAGCCAUGACUUUAAGGAAACAGUAUGUGCAACAAAAUAAGGGUACUGAUUAUCAGAUCUGGAGGAGCUACAAUAAUAGACAGAUGUCUUUGAGACAGUUAUGCAAUAUUCCCCCCGCCCCCACCCCCUUCAAGUACCUGAGUGUAAUUUCAGAAUGCCCUUAUAAAGCAGUACUAUGUUUUUGACAAAGGCUUUGCAGAUCUUUCUCCUUCAACCUACUGUAUGUAAUGCUAUAUAGGUACAUGUACAUAGCACACAAACAAUCAGGGACAAAAGUCCUUGGGUUAGUCGUUUAGUAUUCAUACCUACCUGUAAUUUCAGGAUGCCUACUUAAAAUAGUGCUAUUUUUUUUACAAAUGCCUUGCAUGUCUUCCUCCCCACACCCUAUGCAAUGUUAAAAGUUAGGACAAAUUUUCGAUAGGUGGGUUUUACAUUGUAAGUGAGAUGGGAAAGGGGAUGUGCAUGUGUAGUUUAAAAAAAUCGCAACUAGUUCAAAUUUGUCCAUGAUCUUUUUUUUUUAAUCACCAGUAGCCACUGUUUAUUUUUGGUAGACCAAUUUCAAAUUUGCAUUACACAUUUGUUGACAUUCAUCUCUAGGCCUACCUCCUCCAAGCAAGGAAAUUUAACCUCAGUGUAGUAGUUAAUGACAUCAAUGCUUUUAUUCGUAAUAGUGGCCUAUUAUAUAAGUAAAAGUUCACAAAAAAAUCCAAACUUCUUGUUGUAAAAUCCUAAGAUUUAAUUUUAAAUACUAUUCAAAUAUUCCGCCAAAGAGAUUUCACCUACAGGUUAAACAUUGAAAAACCCUCUCCCAGUGGCUCAUGGUGGCUUUUUGGAGUUUUAAUCAUAGUCUUUUGUUCCCUUAACAGAAAACCCCACGGGACAUUCUUGCCUUUCUCACCAUCAUAAUCAUGAGUUUGUUGGAAAGAGAAUAUGUCAAGGUAUGAAACAUUCAAAUAUUCAUGUCUUUGGGUACAAAAUCAUAAGUACCAAUGGGAAAUUAGCUGGCCUUAUUUGUUAAAGAAAGUUUGAGCAACCAGUAGCACGUACAAGAAACAUAUUAUUCAUGAUGAGAUUCUUAAAGGGGCUAUAUCUUGCUAUUUGCUAUCAUUUUAGAAAACCAAAACUUGUCUUCGCGUCAACUGAAUUUCAAAAAUAAUGGUCCAGUUUUGUCAUGUUAGAUGUUAUUUAGGCGUUGAAACUGUUUCCUGUUGUCUGUUACAAGGGAUAGCAAGGACGAACAUGGAUUGAAACUUUAAAAAAGUUGCACCAACUUUUUCAAGUUUUAAUGUUAUGCCUGCAAAAAGCAUAAAAAAAAUAUUGGUUCCCCUCUACUAACUAUGGUUUUCCUUGAUGAAAUUUGUUUGAUAUAGAUCUUCUUCACCACUGUAAAGGUACAUUUUGUAUUUGGGAAAAGCCACUUGGUAAUGACUUCAGCACAGAAUUGACCUAUAAGAACACUAUCCUCGUGACAUCGCCCCUUCAAAAGUCUUUGUGGUGUUAUCAAUCGUGUUUUGUAAAAAGAACUUAAGAACACAUAAAUUUUUUUACAGAGAGCCAUGUUCCUUGUAUAAUGAUCAACAACAGUAUUGUACUGUUUCUUUGAAAUGUUUUUUUCUUUUUAAACAUUUUCAGGCAAAUGACUCUUAUCUUCAGAUGGCAAUUGGAAAUGCUCCGUGGCCCAUUGGGGUAACAAUGGUGGGAAUUCAUGCUCGAACAGGAAGAGAAAAGAUCUUUUCACAGAAUGUGGCUCGUAUCCUUUUCCUUCAGUAUGAUCAUCUGGUACUAACGUGUGCACACCCUGUGGUUACUUUGUUUGUUUAUGUAGCGAAGCAUACCUAAUUUACGUGCAACCACGCAUGUCAAAAGCCUCAGAAAACUUCAAAAUUAUUACGUUAAUCUGAAGUGGGUAUAAGGUAUUGAAUACUAACUCAUAAUGAGAGGCAAGAGGGAAUCGAAAUGUAUUUAUCAUUCCUUUCCAGUUAAAUCACUGUUGUUUCUCUAACUCAUCAUUUCAUCAGAUGUCCUCAACGACGAAACACAAAGAAAGUAUAUUCAGGUAUGGCUAUGAUUGGAAUAAGUACAAUUUCAGUUUUUUUUUUUCACGGAAAUCCUGUGACAAAGGCCACCCUCAUGGUUAGAACCACCUGGUACAGCAUUAUAAACAGUACAACAGGAAAGUACCGCUCAGUAGCUUUCAUUUGAAUGGUCACGCUUAAGGAUUUCAUCCACAGACUCAAAAGUUAGAACCACCUUGUACAGCAUUAUAAACAUUACCACAGGAAAGUAUUGCUCAGUAGCUUUCAUUUGAAUGGUCACACUUAAGGAUUUCAUCCACAGACUCAAAAGUUAGAACCGCCUUGUACAGCAUAAUAAACAGUACAACAGGAAAGUAUUGCUCAGUGGCUCUCAUUUGAAUGGUCACACCAUAGGAUUUCAUCCACAGACUCAAAAGUUAGAACCACCUUGUAUAUACUAGGUUUGGCAAUUAUGCAAUGCUUUUGGGUGGUAUACCUGGAAAUAUCCUACGAGUGACUUGAUUUUCCUAAGUACACACACGAGCCUUUAAUCAGCUUAAUAGACAGCACCUUAGUAAAAUACUGCUCAUCUUUGUGGUGGUAAUGUGGGAUUUCUUCAAGACAGAAAAAUUGAAAUCAGAAUGUGCAACGCAAAAUUUAAUUUGAUGUUUCCUUCCAUAUCAGGGUCUCAAACGUCUGAUGACAUUUUGCCAGAAAAAAUUUCCUGCAGAUCCAUCAAAGUCUGUAGAAUACAACGCUGUAAAGUGAAAGAAUUCAGAAAAGACGGAAGAAUUGUAUAUCACCGACUUGCUGGAGAAACAUCGCCUAAGCCGAAGGAUUGCUUACACAACUUUGUUUUGUGGACUGAUCACUAUGGCAACGGAAAUAAACUAGACACAAAAUGUUGAAAAUAAAAUCUAGUGUGUAUAUAUG